ACGAACCAGCUUGUCUAUAAACAGCCGACACUGCUUGUAUUGUGUAUUGUCGUCGGAGCACAGAGUUGUGAAGGGACAAGCAGCAGAACCAGGCUAGGGUGUAUUUUUUUUAAAUUUUGUUGACCAGUUUAGCAUUAUCGGUGAAACAUAAUGGCGGAUAAAAUGGAUAUGUCACUAGACGACAUUAUCAAGCAGAACAGGCAGCAGAGAGGUGGAGGACGGGGCGGAAGAGGCCGAGGCCGCGGAGUCUCCGGCGGCGGACGAGGAGGCCCCGGGCGUCUUGGAGUCAGCGGCGGUGGAUUCGGAGGCCGAGGCGGCGGAUCCGGCCCCAUGAGAGGCCGGCAGAACCUGAGCCGCGCUAGAGGCAGACCAACGCCUUACAGCAGGCCAAAACAGCUUCCAGAUAAGUGGCAGCAUGACAUGUAUGACAACGGCUUCAGCGGCUUCAGUGGCCCUGCUGGAGGUGGCGGAGGAGCUGGUGUGGAGACUGGAGGGAAGCUCCUUGUCUCCAAUCUGGAUUUUGGGGUCUCGGAUGCAGACAUUCAGGAACUUUUUGCUGAAUUUGGGACUCUCAAAAAAGCUGCAGUUCAUUACGACAGAUCAGGAAGAAGCCUGGGGACCGCAGAUGUCCACUUUGAAAGGAGGACAGAUGCCCACAAGGCCAUGAAACAGUACAAUGGCAUCCCGCUUGAUGGGCGGCCUAUGAACAUACAACUCGUCACAUCACAGAUUGACACACAGAGGCGGCCUAUGCAGGGUCUGAACAGAGGGGGUGGAGGAGGCAUGACCAGAGGCCGUGGGGGCAACUUCAGAGGCAUGCAGAGAGGCCGCGCAGGACGUGGGGCACCCGGUGCCGGAGGAAGAGGUCGGGGUGGUCGCGGCGGGAGUAGCAAACAGCAGCUGUCGGCAGAAGAACUUGAUGCUCAAUUAGAUGCCUACAAUGCCAGGAUGGACACCAGCUAAGAAAUUAACCUCUGGUUUUGUUACCCCUUCCUGUCUGCACAGAAGGGUAGUUGUCACAAAUGUGCAGCAUAUUUUACACAUGGUUGUCUUCUGAUGUGAUUGAAAUUAUUGUUCCAACCUCUUCUUUUAAAUGUCCGAAGUGUUUUUUACCAGUAUUUUUGUUUUUCCCUUUUUCCUGAUAAAAUGGUUUUGGCUGUAGGUUCAUGUGAAUUGGGGUUAUCCUCAUUCUUUCUUCUACCAUGUAGUUAAUGACACUUGUAAUAAAACCUACAGUGCAUAUUAACCAAA